AUGUGUGCAGGUGUCUCAAAACUUACUUCAGCUGCUUUAUUCGGCAAUAUAAGUGAUAUAGACAUAACCCCACAGCAACCGGAAAUCAACGACCAAUUCGAAACAAAAACACAUAAAACAAAUAUAACAAAUGAGAUUGAUAUUACAAGAAAUAGAACAAUUAAAAAUAGAAGAUCUGAAGUGAAAGAUGUUCAAAUACAUUUCGUUUUCAAACUUUUGAACGUUUUAAAAAAGCACAUAAGAACACUAAUGUCCGCGCCUAAAAUAAGCUCAGUGUUGAGGAACGUUGGGACUUGCAUGGUGAAUGGCGCAAUGGAGGUGAUCUCCUACUACCUCCCGGCCCCCAUCAUGCCGUUAAUAGCAGCAGCUGCUGGUAUGAUGAUACCAUUUGAGCCUGUGGUCAUGUUGAAACAAAGAAUGCCAGUGACUAGUUACCGACGUGCUUUCAAUACCGCUAUGAGCACAUUCAUGAAUACUUUCAAUAGGUACAAAUUCGACUACGAAGAAGACCCGUACAUGACAAGAAGAUUUAAUAGGAGAUUUAUGAAAGAAUCCGGUGAAAAACAGGAACGUUGA